AUGAAAUCGAAACAAAUAACAACAGCAACAUCAAAUUUAUGUCAAACGGUCCAGUCAAGAACAUCAGGACAUGGAAAUGGAAAUGAUAACAAAAGAAAACAUCAGGUCGUGGAAAAGCAAGACAAAAUCGUAUUAAAACAACAACAUCAACAACAAGAACCAAAACAACAACAACAAUCUCAACAACUACAAGAAUCAACAAUUCUCGACAAUGUCCGGAUAAACAAGGACGAAAUAUUGAACCAUGAAAGAAAAACGAAAAAACAUUUACAAUUUAAAUAA